AUGAAAUAUUAUAGAGAAGGGCAAUUGCUUCGAUAUAUUGGUACGUGGAUUCCAUUGGGAAUUCUCGUACUAAUAGUGCUAUACUUUUAUGUAGUGUAUAUGGAGACUUAUUUGAUGCCACUCAUAAAAUCAGAGUAUGUUUCCAGACCAAUAGUGGAAAUCAAUACAUACUUGAUUCAAUUAGUACACAUCAAUGACUAUGUUUUCAGCAACAAAACCAUCGGAAUUACGAUAACAUUACAUAUCAUUCUAAUAUUAUUCACAAUCACCUUAAUCCGAGUUGUAAUGACAAUUCCUGGACAUGUGCCAGUUGAAUGGCUGAAUAAAAUAGAGAAUGAAAUUCGUCAGAUGAUUGAGAACGAAGAAAACAUGAUAAAUCACAAUAAGAAAGGAUCGCAGACAUCAACUUCCUUUUCAUCUGAGAUAGACGAUGAGUAGCGAUUACACUUGAAUGUGAAAGUCAAAAACGAGUUAAUUGAUAAAUAAGGUAGAAGACAUUGUAAAAAUUGCAGCACUUUUAAACCAAAACGUUGUCAUCAUUGCAGACAAUGCAAGACCUGCUGGUUGAAGAUGGAUCACCAUUGUUAAUGGUUGAAUAAUUGUAUUGGUUAUGGCAAUUACAAAUUGUUCAUUAAUUUACUUUGCUAUGCAUGGUCUUUAAUUAGUUUCAUCCUGAUCACCUACAGUCGUUGCUAUUAUGACACCAUGAACUCCUAUUCGAGUGAUGCCAAACUAUUCCUAGUAUCCUUUACAUUUCUAUAUUGCUGUUUCCUGUGGAUUCUACUAACAGCAUUCACCCUCUUCCAUCUGUGGGCAAUCAAAUCCAACAUCACAACCCUUGAGUAUUGCGAGAACAAGCCAAGAGAACCCCUUUAAAAGGGUGUUUGGAACAAUAUCUUCGAAGUCUUUGGCAAAAACCCCUUGGUAUGGUUCUUACCCAUUCAGCCAGAUACCAAACCAAUAUUGGAUUGA